UAGUGGCAACUGUGGCAGACGACGCUGACGUGUGCGCCGUGGCCGAGUGUUUUUGACGCUUGUCGACGUCGACGCCGUAUGUCCCUACAUUUGGUGUCUGCUUCUCAUUGACGUGGAACGCCAGUCUUCUUAGUCUUUCAGCAAAGAGAGAAGAAAUAUUGUCAUCUGCAAUGGAUCAAGUUACUAAGUUCGUUAAGCCAGGCAAGCAGUUUGCCAAGGAUUCAAUCCGUCUUGUCAAGAAAUGUACCAAGCCUGAUAGAAGAGAAUUCCAGAAGAUUGCUGUAGCCACAGCAGUUGGAUUCUGCAUUAUGGGCUUCAUUGGAUUCUUUGUGAAAUUAAUUCACAUUCCCAUCAAUAACAUCAUUGUCGGCUCAUAAUAAAAAUUUUCACCAGAGUUUCUUCUCUUGACUGGAGCACAUCCCCGUAUGGCAUGUAUUUUGUGUCUGUGUUAAAUUAUUCUAUCUGUAUAUAUUUAAGUUGUGUGUGAUGGGUGAAUCACAUUUCUAAUAAAUUUGUUAAAAUCA